GAGAUUGUGAAAAGACCGGCAGGAGGAGUAGGACUUGCUAUAAGGACACUAGCGACUCUUAAAUCCGGCUGCUCCUCUAUUUAUACGCAGGAGAUUUGAAGAAACAAACAACAAAACAGGAGGAGCUGUGAUUGAAUCCCGAUAAAGAAAAAGUAGACUAACAUCGCCGAUUCUUACAUAUAUUUUUUAAUUAUUCUCAGCGGCAGAGACACUUGGGGACCGAGGGACCUACCAUGGCUGUGGAUAUUGUCCUCUCUGUGCUGCUCGCCGCCUCCCUGUCGUGCCGGAGCGUCCUGGGCGGCUACGGGGUGAGCCUGUUCGCGGCGCAGACCUCUCCCCCGGACCCCUGCUACGACGAGCACGGCAACCCGCGGCGCUGCAUCCCGGACUUCGUUAAUUCCGCCUUCGGUAAGGAAGUGAAGGUGUCCAGCACGUGCGGAAAGGUGCCCAGUCGCUACUGCGUGGUGACCUCGGCGGAGAAAGGAGAUGAGAGGACCAGGAACUGUCACACCUGCGAUGCCUCGGACCCCAAGAAGUACCACCCUCCAGCGUACCUGACGGACCUCAACAACCCGCACAACCUCACCUGCUGGCAGUCCGACAACUUCCUCCAGUACCCGCAGAACGCCACCCUGACUCUGUCCCUUGGAAAGAAGUUUGAGGUCACUUACGUGAGCCUGCAGUUCUGCUCGCCUCGACCGGAAUCCAUGGUUAUUUACAAGUCCAUGGACUACGGUAAAACGUGGGUGCCCUUUCAGUUUUACUCGACCCAGUGCAGGAAGAUGUACACCAAGCCGAACCGGGCCGUUAUAACGAAGCAGAAUGAGCAGGAGGCUGUGUGCACAGACUCCCACACCGACAUGUACCCUCUGACCGGGGGGCUCAUCGCUUUCAGCACGCUGGACGGCAGACCCUCGGCUCACGACUUUGACAACUCCCCGGUGCUGCAAGACUGGGUGACAGCCACGGACAUUAAAGUAAUCUUCAGUCGGCUGCACACUUUUGGGGACGAGAACGAGGACGACUCGGAGCUGGCCCGGGACUCGUACUUCUACGCCGUGUCGGACCUGCAGGUCGGGGGGAGAUGCAAAUGCAACGGGCACGCUUCUCGGUGCGUGAAGGACCGGGAUGGCAGUCUGGUGUGUGAGUGCAAGCACAACACCGCCGGGCCGGAGUGCGACAGGUGCAAGCCUUUCCACUACGACAGGCCGUGGCAGAGAGCCACAGCCAGGGAAGCCAACGAGUGUGUCGCCUGUAACUGUAACCUUCACGCCCGAAGGUGCCGGUUCAACAUGGAGCUGUACAAGCUGUCGGGCAGGAAGAGUGGAGGAGUCUGCCUCAACUGUCGCCACAACACAGCCGGACGCCACUGCCACUACUGCAAGGAGGGCUACUACAGAGACCUGUCCAAACCCAUCUCACACAGGAAGGCCUGCAAAGCAUGUGAUUGCCAUCCCGUGGGUGCUGCUGGCAAAACCUGUAACCAAACCACAGGACAAUGUCCCUGUAAAGACGGCGUGACUGGUAUCACGUGCAACCGCUGUGCUAAAGGCUACCAGCAGAGCCGCUCGCCCAUUGCCCCCUGCAUAAAGAUUCCUGUUGCACCUCCAACAACCCCAUCCAGCAGUACAGAGGAGCCAUCAGACUGCGACUCUUACUGCAAAGCGUCUAAAGGCAAACUGAAGAUCAACAUGAAGAAAUACUGCAAGAAAGAUUACGCCGUCCAGGUGCACAUCCUGAAGGCAGACAAAGCCGGCGAGUGGUGGAAGUUCACCGUCAACAUCAUCUCCGUCUACAAGCAGGGUGAGAGUCGUAUCCGCCGUGGGGACCAGUUCCUGUGGGUCCGCGCCAAAGACGUGGCCUGCAAGUGUCCCAAGAUCAAGCCUGGGAAGAAGUACCUGCUGCUGGGGAACGACGAGGAUUCCCCCGGCCAGAGCGGUGUAGUGGCCGACAAAGGCAGCCUGGUUAUCCAGUGGAGGGACACGUGGGCGCGCAGGCUCAGGAAGUUCCAGCAGCGUGAGAAGAAAGGCAAGUGCAAGAAGCCAUAGGUGGAAAAAAGACGGAGAACAUACCGGAGAGGGAGAGGAAUUCAAGAAAAAGCUGAUAUAAAAAAAUGUAAAAAGUAAAAAGAGAGGCCGAUAGAGGACCACGGACAGACAAGAGACUGUUUAUGUCGCUGCUUUUUUGUGUAGAAGCAUGAAGAGAAUUAUUUAGGAUGAUUUGUUUUUCUAGUGAACUUUGGUUGAAGGAGCUCACCUUGUAGAUUUGGUUUGAUCGUGUAUUUUAUUUGUCUCUCUUGUGGAUUUGCCGAAUUUGCACCUAUUACCAGCAUAUACAGUUAUGUGUCCAUUUUCUUUAUCUCAGUAUGAAAUCAUUAUAUUUUAUGUUGUUGUUUAUGGAUAUUUUCUGCUGGUGCAAAAAGGACACAGAAAAAGCCACUUAAUUACCACUGCAAUGUUGCCUCUGCAUGGUUUUCUUGUUGUAUUCUUAGCUAAGAAGCGAGCUUGUUUCAUCAAAAGUCUUCACUGAUCUGUUUGAGGCAAUAGUGUUUCCUCCAUGUGCCAUAAUUAAUAUUGUUUGCAAGCCACAGAAAUGCAUAUUACAUUUAGCGGUCAAUGAGUCGCCAUUCAUUUUCCUCUGUUCAAAUUCAGGUAAAUCUGCUCCUCAAGAGUCAAGAAAUCUGUAGAUACAGAUUUUUAGCUGUCAGGACUUUUGCAAAUAUGCAAGUGACGAAAGAGAAUCAAGGAUAAAACACAAUAUUCACUAAAGCGUACUUUACUCCCCUUCACUGGUUAUGUUUUGAUGGUUCAGUAUUUGAAAAUCCUGCUUGUGAAAGCAUCUCUUUUGAGACUGUAACUGGUGCUGCUUAUGGUAGCUACUAUUUAAAAUGAUGCUUUUUUUGGAAGACAGACUGCAUUUGAAACAACUUUUUUUUAAUUUCAGUACUUACAAUAACUGUGAUUUUUCUUUUCACAACUCCACCAGGAGUUUAACAACUGACUUAAAAAUGGACCAGAGGCCAGUCUCUAAUUGUUAUAAAUUCCCCAUCAUUUUGUUUUCAAAAAAUCAGGACUAAUUGUUUAGUUAGUUAGUAGUUAAUUGAAAUCAUAAUAUUAAAUAUUGGUUCCCAAGAGGCUAGAAAAUGAAAUGUCAGAUGUGUGUUUUUUAAUUCAAAACAUCUACAUUUUAAUGAGAAUAUUAACUCCUACCACAGAUUGAUUAGAGCUGUUAAAGUUACUCGAGUUGGGUCAUUGAAUGUAUGCAACAUUGUAGUUGUGCCGAUGAAAGUACUGCAUGUUCUCAGAGCAGACUGACAGACAUGCAAAGAGUCUGUACGUAAGAUUUUAAAUAUAUAACUUCCAACUUACAUCAGCUCAUGAAAAAUAAUGUACAAUGUGUCAUAAUGUAUUUUUAAAUGUCACAUAGGGCCUGAAAUGUGGAUGUCUAAAGAUCACAAAAUCUAGUGUGUUUCUUACCGUGGAACCAGACGCUUACGUCAAAUAUGUAAUUCAACUCUAAUAAUGCAGUAUGUUAACAGAGAAAAUACAUUAUGAAGAGAAAAGAAUGUCCUUACCUUAUGUGAAGAAAACAAUCCUAGCGCAGAAAAUUAAGGACAUUAGCGAAAAACAGCACCUUGAAAAAAGUGCUCAACAAUUUCUUCGAUGUAUUUUUAAAUAUCCACCUCACAGUUGCUUACAUUCAUCUAGGAUUCUUCUUAAAGUGCUUUGAGAUUGCAGAUAAGUCCACACAGUCUUUGCAAACACAAUGCAUGACUGUACAUUCACUGUGCGGCCAGUCAGAAGCCACGGUGUCGCAUUGACCUGUCACGUUAAUUCUCUCCACUUCAACACUUGCACAGGGAGGAAUGGGGUGAAUUGCAAUCACUUGACGCUGAUUGAUUCAAACCACAUUGCUCAUUUAUUUGUAUGCAGUUGGGUUUGGAUUUCUCUAAGGAAUGCGUGGUAAAAACAUAGCUCAGGUUUGUAAAAUCCCACAGCGUAUUUGAUGUAUCAUAAACUGGAGUUCCAUUCAGUCCAUCCCAAAACACUCUGAGCUACAUGUUUCAUGUCGCUGGUAUUUGUUGUUUCACAAAAUCCCAUUCAAUACCUUUAAAUGUGUUCCACAGCACUAAGUAACUGUAAAACAGGGUUUAGGAUAUGUUUAGGACACGUGGUUUUAAUCUAAUGGACUCUCUACUUCCUCUGUUUAAAAGGUAAUAAGUUCUGAUUCCACUAUCUCAGAAAAGUACUAAUUUGUUCAGGAAUUUUCAUAAUCAACUAAAACACAGGCUUUCCCAUCCAUAAUCAAAAUCACCUGGGAGACUGCAAGAUAAAAGGAACAGAUGCCCUUGUUGCUAAAGUGCUUUUUUCCGUAUUUACAUUUAGGGUUUGAUGGAGUGUGUUUUUCUUAAAUGUGCAAUCAAUCAAAUGAUUGUGAUGUGCGUCAAUCGUUACGCUCUAAUGAUAUCAACACAUACAGUAUAUUUACAUGUUCCUGCCUUUCAUUCUUAGUCCUACAACAUAACAUUACAUGUCAAUGUUUUUCUGUCUGGCACGAUGUAAUCUGUAGUCCCACUUCUCUAGUCUCUGUAGCCUCAUGCUGUACAUUUUACAUCCGUCUCCUGAGCGAUGGUUUGGCAAGCUUCCUGUUGAAAUGCUACACACGUACCUGUCAAAGCAUUGCUUUGUGUUCAUACUAUGAAUUGUAAAUGUUGUUUAGUUGUCACCAUUGCCAAGACUAUUUUUUUGCAAUGUUGUUUUACAAUGCGUACUAAUAUAUUAUGGUUAUUAUAUAUGAAUAUAUUUAAUGACACAAGACAUUGUGGAUUUUAUUGUCUUUUUCAUUUUUUUUUACUUGUUUGUGGUUGUUUAGAUCGUUGACAUUAAAGAAGGAAAUAAUAACUACUGAACACACCAACCUGGUAGAACUAAAUUCAGAUUUUCAGUUGAAAUAAACUCUUGUUACAUUGAAA